AAUACUCAAUCAAAAUUAAAGCUAAAGGACUAGAUCAAGGCCACUGAACAAUUUGUUUGAUAUUGUCUCUUUUGGGUUGGUUUAUUUUAAAAAAAAAUUAAAACUUCCGAAUAGAGACAUCAGUGAUGGAGGCAUCUCUAGCACUUUGGACAUCACUAUUAUCCAGGAACGACCUCUAAAACCGAGCUGUUAGCAGUUCCAACUUAAUCGCAUGGUCAAUACGUGUGAUAUUUUAGAGAAGACCAGCUUUGAAGCGGAUCCAGAAAGAGGUGACGUUGACAAGACAUCUGCCUAUGUAGAUCACAAACCAGUUUUAGAAAUUGAUGCGUUCGAGCAAAAUAGGAAUAACAGCGAUUACCAAGAAUUCAGAACAUUAGGUUGGCGGCAGGUAUCUGCACUUUUAUUGGCAGAAACACUCGCACUCGGUGUUCUAAGCUUCCCGAAGCUCGCUUCUGAAAUAGGCAUUGGACCAACGCUUAUUGCUACGAUUGGUCUUGCUUUCCUGGCUUGGGUAACUGGAUACAUCCUAGUUGACUUUAAGGUGAAUCACCCAAGUGUUAUGUCAUUCGCGGACGCUGGUCAAGUUAUCGGUGGACCCAUAUUUAAAUGGGUACUGCUUGUUGGAAUAUUGGUAAAUUCCGUAUUUAUAGCAGCGUCCCAUGUCAAUUCGGGUGGAACAGCUUUAUCAGAGAUGAGCUCAAACGCGAGAUGUUCAGUCUUACUCGGAUUAUGCAUGGCGUUAUUAUGUUUCAUUUUUACAAUUCCUAGGAAAUACGAACACACUGCCUAUGCAUCAUUCGCGUCGUGUGUCAGCAUUUUCGCUGCUUGUUUGAUAACAAUUAUUGCAUGUGGAAUUAAUAGAGAUUCAUGGGGCGACUCCAACGGCGAAGUAAAAUGGAAAGCAUUCAAUAAUACCGGGAUAGUAGGUGUUAUAAACUCCUUCACACAGAUAGUCUUCGCAUACAGUGGACACGCGUUUGUCUUCAGUGCAAUAUCCGAGAUGAAGAAUCCAAAUGAUUUCAAGAAAAGUCUUGCAGUUGUCCAAGUUGUAUCGACUUCAUUUUACAUAAUAAUCGGCGUUGGAGUCUACGUACUAGUAGGGGAUGCAAAUGUCGUAUCGCCAGCUCUAUCCAUCCCAUCACACAAGGUCGAGACGAUAGCAUAUGCGAUUGCGAUGAUAUCUAUCAUUGUGUCGGGUGUAAUUCCUGUCCUUAACGGUCUGAAACAGCUGUGGCUCGAGCUGUUUAGAGGGAAACCUAUGCUUACAAGUAAUGGUUGGAAGGCCAACGCUUUGUGGAUCUUUAUGGCAUUUGUCACGUGGAUGUUCGGAUUCGUAUUAUCUCAACUCAUACCAUUCUUUUCAAGUCUUUUAUCGAUAAUCGCCAGUGUAACAGUCGUAUGGUUUACGUUUGGAUUGAGCGGUGUAAUAUGGCUCGCAGAUAACAAGAAAUAUAGCCAUAGAUCACCAUCAGGGUGGUUUGGAAAUACUGGGAAAAUGUGUAUGACACUUCUGUCGGCAUUUAUAGUCCUAAUGGCUGUUGUUAUAACUCCUUUGGGUAUUUACAGCGCCGCAGAGAGUAUUAAAGAAGGAUACAGAGAGGGUAGCUAUAGUCAUCCAUUUGCAUGCAGAGUUACUUAAUUUUGAUUGAAAUUUCUACCUAUUUAUUUCAUAAAUAUGCA